GUGUUUGCAAAUCGAUGCACGAAUACCCCAAGAUGUUCGAAUCAGUAUAUAAAGCCCGCCUGCAAACCGAAAAGUAUCACACAGUCUUCAAAGCUUCUCAUCGACUCUUCAGUCUCAAAGCAAAACAAACAAUCAACAUGAAAUUCUUCGUUGCUGCUAUGCUCUUGGCCCUCGUCGCCGUCGCCCUGGCCGAUACCAAGCCCCAGGAAGUCGAAUCUGUCGAGCCAUCCGACGCCCAGGUCAGAGACAAGCGCGGGGUUCUUCUGGGUGCUGCCGCUUACACCGCACCUGUAGCAUACAGUGCUUACACCGCACCUGUUGCUCCAGUUGCCUAUUCCGCAUACAGUGCCCUACCGUACGCUUACUCGGCAUACCCUUACUACGCAUCCGCCUACAGCGCGCCUUACAUCGUCGGUUAGAAUCCGAUCUACCGAUCUUCGCCGGUCCGAAGAAUUACGACGACAUGCAACUUGCAAUUAAUUAAGUGAACGUUGACCAUUUUUUUCAAAAACUCAACCGACCAACAACACGGUCUUCAUUAUUCUUCAGUCUUAUAUCUUUUCAUGAAGCAACAAAUUCGAAAAGGAAACUACAGCUACAUUUCAACUGGUGCAAUUUUCUCACCCAGUGCAAAUUGAAUGGAAAAUCUUCAAUCCGGAAACAAGGAGAAAAAAUUGUCAACGAUCCUAUGAUUAUUCCGCUAUGUAUUAUAUUGUAAAAUAAUUGAAAAAUUAAAAAGAAUUAUUCACUGCAAAAA